GAUUGAACUGUCAAUUUGAUCAUGUCAUCAGUGGAAAAUAAAAAUAAAAAUGGAAAUUCUUUCAUAAUUGAUAAGAUAAAUGCAUUUCGAUACUUAUUUUCAAUUAUAAUUAUAUAAAAUAUGUUGGUAGAAAUAUUUCGUGGAGAAUAUUUCAGAAUUAGAAAAGUACUGUUAACAACUUUGUUGCUACAGAAUAUAGGAGGCAGUGAACUAUAGCAAAACCCUCUUGGUUUCCUGUUCGAGAAUUUCCUUUCCUGAUUUGUAACGUUUCACAGACAGAAAUAUGGUGAAUGUUCCGAAACAGAGGCGUACUUUUUGCAAAAAAUGCAAAGUACACAAGCCACACAAAGUGACACAAUACAAGAAGUCCAAGGAAAGGCAUGCAUCACAGGGUAGGCGUCGUUACGACAGAAAACAGCAAGGUUUUGGAGGUCAAACAAAACCUAUUUUCAGGAAGAAGGCUAAGACUACCAAAAAGAUUGUGUUGAGGAUGGAAUGUACCGACUGCAAGUACAGGAAGCAAGUGCCUCUCAAGCGAUGCAAACAUUUCGAACUUGGUGGCGACAAGAAGAGGAAAGGACAGAUGAUCCAGUUUUAAGCUGAAAACUUCCAGUUUUGUUUAUUUUAUAAAAAUAAAUCUAGGCGAUUCUGUCUAAA